AUCUGAAACAUGAUAUGAUAACAUUUGAAAAGUUAGUAAAAAUUAUAAAUGAUAAUAUAGAAAACAAUAAACUUUAUGAAGAAUAUAGAGUUCUUGUACAUCUCUUAAUUGCUGAAGUUAAUUUAUGUCAAGAGGUUCUUAAUGCAAGAACACAGCAAACAUCAUAG